CUCUGUCAUUACAAUUUACCAAAAAUAAAAGUAUGCGAAAGAGUCGUGCAGGAUUCUUCUUGACUUGUUAGCCUGUGUGGCUAGAUAGCUAGUAGCUAACUAAUCAUGGAGGAUGAAGACGUGUCCGAUAACUGGGAAGAAGCUGCGGACAGCGGAGAAAUCGAGAGGCGACUCGAAGCGAAGCUGAAAAUCAGUCAGAAAUCUGAAAGCAUACCUGUGAAGACGGGCGUGGUGAUUCAGGACGAGUCCCUGCCCGCGGCUCCGCCUCCUCAGAUCCGUAUCCUGAAGCGCCCGCCCAGUAACGGCGUCCUAACCGCACAGGGUGCGAGCGCUCGACCCGCUCAGCAGCCCAAAUCUCUGAAACAGAGAGAGGCCGAGUACGCCGAGGCCAGGAGGAGGAUUCUGGGUAGCGCCAGUGCUGAGGAACCGGCGCGGGAAAGAGAAGACUCGGACAGAUCGGCGUCAGAAUCUCUUCAGUUGAACAGUAACAUUAUUCGGCAACCCCGGGGGCCGGACGGCACGGCAGGGUUCCGCCUCAGCAGAGAGAGAGACACUGAGCACUGAGGACUAAAUGGGUCGCUUCGGUCAGGAUCUCUUGUCCGCCUCCUCCUUUCUGUCUGGGAGGGAGGACGUAACGACCGUGUGAUCGCUGUCUCGGUGUGUGCACUGUGAGUCUCUCACUAACGCUCACUGGGGUCCAGGCAGGAAUCACCGCGGUGUUCCAAUACGGUUCAAAGCGCCCUUGUUGACUUCCCCUAACGACUCGGACGUGCGUGAACUGUGCCGCCGAGCGUCCUUCUUUAAAUUCCCUACAGAGUCGUACUGGCUCGCUAACUCACUGGUUGACUAGCGUGCUAAAUACCUCGCGUGCAGUUCAGUAAGCUGCCGUGUACCGUAUGGAGCAACUCAAAAUGUAUAUAUUUUUUAAACACACGGUAAUCUUUUGCUCCUUUUUACAACACAGUUCGCCAUUUUCGUCCCUUUUAUUGAAAAGGCCGCGAUGCCUUCUGGGAAGUUUCGACUCCCAGCGUGUACGAUGAUGUCAGCUCGGCCUUCAAAGGGCCAUCCAACGGAGUUCAGUUGAGCUGAUGAAGGAACCAUACAAGGGGAAGUGGACAAGGGCGCAUUGGGGGGAAAAACCUCUUCUGAGCUCCCAUUUCAGACGACCUCAGAAGUUUAAAAAAAACCCACAGUAACGAUCGUGUUGAACAGAGUGUCUUUAACCCUUCUUUAAAGUUUGUCCAAAGAUGAAAUGUCCACAAAACUUUAGGCCAUGCCAAAGUGUGUGAGGAGGGAAGAGGCAGGUUUGACUGUUUAGCUCUGUGGGACAUCAACAACACACACACACACACACACACACACACACACACACACAUACACUAAACUAUAUACCCUGCUGAAAAAACUAUAGAAACCAUCACGGAAAUUCUACUGGUUUCCAAUAGAAAUACCAUAACAGCCCAUCAGCUGUUAAGCAAACGUAAAGGAAGAAACUUGAUUGGGUGAAUCAGAGGGAAAGGUGGACGAUGUGGACGUUUCAUUUUUGCCUGAACGUUGAUGAAAUAACAUGCAGUAAUACUCAACACAGCAAUAAUACAAACCGGACAAUAGACUCGGGAAUACUGCUGUAAAAAUCUCAAAUUAUUCUGUGCCUCUUUUUGUUUUCUAUACAUUUUUAACAUAUAUAUUUAUAUAAAAUGGUCCGAGGGAAGGGAUUUGCUCCUGUGUUUGUUGUACACUGACUGAACAGCGCACAUUUAUUACACUCUGUUUUAUUGACAACUACAAUUUAUUUGGGAUGUGUGUGUGUGUGUGUGUGUGUGUGUGUGUGUGUGUUUUCUAGUAGAUUCCGCAGAGAGACACGUUUCUGUGGCGUUUUAGUUAGCAGUCAGCGCUAAGCGUAAUCGCAGUGUAAUUUCGGAAGUCUUUUCUCUCGAAUGUUCUGACAAACCUGAGGGAGCUGCUGAUGUUUUGUUUCCGUUGUGUCUUUACAGGGUCUGUAUCGGAAGCAAACUGCUACGUGCUAGCUAGGUUAAUCAUUAGCCUCAAUCGUUAGCGGUACUUGUGGCCCAGUUGCCUAGCAACAGUGCCUCGCGACUUGAAGCAGGUUAAAGGCGCACGUGUGCUUACGUGAUGGUCGCCUAAAUGUGCAGAGAGGAUCGAUCUGAAAACAUUAACUUUGGACUGGAAAAGAAAACAAAAGCACUUUGCAGUGUCGUUGUGUAUCUACAUGAUAUCUGAUUAAUAAUCUCUUUUCUUACUCGAAUAAUUAACAGUUCGCAUGACGCGCCUCAGAGAGAACACAGGGAUGCUGAACAGUCUAGAAAGGCCAUGAGUUUUAGUUUUACUUGAGAACAUUUUUCUAUCUAUCUCUGUCUGUCUGUCUGUUUCCAUCUGUUUAUCUCUGUCUUUCUCUGUCUGUCUCUCUCUCUGUCUGUCUCUCUGUCUGUCUGUCUGUCUGUUUCCAUCUGUUUAUCUCUGUCUUUCUCUGUCUGUCUCUCUCUCUGUCUGUCUGUUUCCAUCUGUUUAUCUCUGUCUUUCUCUGUCUGUCUCUCUGUCUGUCUGUCUGUCUGUUUCCAUCUGUUUAUCUCUGUCUUUCUCUGUCUGUCUCUCUCUCUGUCUGUCUCUCUGUCUGUCUGUCUGUCUGUUUCCAUCUGUUUAUCUCUGUCUUUCUCUGUCUGUCUCUCUCUCUGUCUGUCUCUCUGUCUGUCUGUCUGUCUGUUUCCAUCUGUUUAUCUCUGUCUUUCUCUGUCUGUCUCUCUCUCUGUCUGUCUCUCUGUCUGUCUGUCUGUCUGUCUGUUUCCAUCUGUUUAUCUCUGUCUUUCUCUGUCUGUCUCUCUCUCUGUCUGUCUCUCUGUCUGUCUGUCUGUCUGUUUCCAUCUGUUUAUCUCUGUCUUUCUCUGUCUGUCUCUCUCUCUGUCUGUCUCUCUGUCUGUCUGUCUGUCUGUUUCCAUCUGUUUAUCUCUGUCUUUCUCUGUCUGUCUCUCUCUCUGUCUGUCUCUCUGUCUGUCUGUCUGUCUGUUUCCAUCUGUUUAUCUCUGUCUUUCUCUGUCUGUCUCUCUCUCUGUCUGUCUCUCUGUCUGUCUGUUUCCAUCUGUUUAUCUCUGUCUUUCUCUGUCUGUCUCUCUCUCUCUCUGUCUCUCUGUCUGUCUGUCUGUCUGUUUCCAUCUGUUUAUCUCUGUCUCUCUCUGUCUGUCUCUCUGUCUGUCUGUCUGUCUGUUUCCAUCUGUUUAUCUCUGUCUUUCUCUGUCUGUCUCUCUCUCUCUCUGUCUCUCUGUCUCUCUGUCUGUCUGUUUCCAUCUGUUUAUCUCUGUCUUUCUCUGUCUGUCUCUCUCUCUCUGUCUGUCUCUCUCUCUGUCUGUCUGUCUGUCUGUUUCCAUCUGUUUAUCUCUGUCUUUCUCUGUCUGUCUCUCUCUCUGUCUGUCUGUCUCUCUGUCUGUCUGUCUGUCUGUUUCCAUCUAUUUAUCUCUGUCUGUCUCUCUACCUAGCUGUAUGGUUGUCAGGGCUAAAUAAUUUCUAGGGACGGGACGUCUCCAUGGUUACCACAUGUCUGAGAGACGCCGCCUACGUGGUUUGCGGCUCACUACAGAUCCGCUGCAUCCCGAUUCGCCUGCUAUGAUUUUCUGAGUGUGGAUCUGUGGACACUUUUUUUUUUUUUUUCCCCAUCUAAUAUUACCCACAAGUCCUUGCUUGAGGGAUGGAGGAGGAGUUUUGUGACGGUUCGCGUCGCCGAAUUCAACCUGCAAACACGGCGGCCGAGUGUACCGUCGGUGAUGCGUGUUUUAGAGAGGUGUACGCUAUGAUGUCCAGAAAACAACAGUUUUGUUUUUUUUUUUUUUUCUGCUUGAUAUCAGCAGAAAGAAAAACCCACUCCUGGCCUUUCUGUAACGAUGGAGGUGAUUUGUUUUAUGUCAGAUCUGUGUAGAUCGAGAAUGACUAUCAGCAAGCGUUGUUUAAUUAAAAUAUCAAAUAUGUGUUUUACCAAGAGCAGGUGGUGAUGUAGUGAUAACACUAGGCAUGGCUCGCGUGUUCUAGCGUUAAGGACCGAGUUAUAAAGACUUUUUUUUUUUUUUUUUUAGCUGCUUAUCCUGGCUUAGUUAAAUGACUUGAGUUCUGUGAGAGCGGUUAGUACAGCUACAAUCUCACAGAAAUCCAUCUUUUGCCAAACGCACUGUUAGCCGUGUGUGUAGAGCUGUUGUUGAUGCCGGAGAUGUUCAUUUGCAGCUUGUGAGCUUUACAGCUGUGACCCGGAUUUCAGCAGGUAUCAUUUCACGGCCCUUCUCUUGUGCGUGUUUAUGGUUCUUAUGACACAAAUCUAAACCGGGCCUGGGAUCUAAACCGGAGGUGCUCGGACGUCUUGCGGCAGCAGCCCUUUAACUGUAAAAUAAGUUCCAGUGAAAUUCCUCAGAACGGAUUUAUUUUAUAAUCCCAGUAUCAUGCUGGUUAUUUAAACGUGAGCAGCGAAAAAGCAUCUGUCUGUUUUAUUAGAGCCGUAGAGCGUUCUACAGACACGUGGUGGUUUUCAGCUGGACGUGACUUCUAGGCCUCGGAGUUGUUUUUGUAGUAUUGUGGUCUGAAUUAAACCCGUCUAAUAGCUCUAGUAGGAUUUCAUUUCCGCCACUAUACCAAAACAGAACGAACAAACAAAACCCGGACCCUGUGCUGUCUUACACGCUCCGUUAGAAAAGGUUCGCUGAAAAUAAAUGCCAUCAGAGUCGUUUUCCGUGUCGCGCUGUUCCACCGCUUGUUUCAGUCAAGCACGAGGGUCGAUGGGAUUGAAGCACUGCGUCCCUCCAGGAUUUUGCCAUCGCGGAAAUGAACGCAAAAUCAAGCAAACGCCACAAUACUCGGAGGAGCUCGCAGUUUUUCAAAAUGACCGCAGGUUUUGGCCGAGACGCGUCAUGUGACUUCAUCACGAGGCGCGUUCAGACGAAAACGCCCACGCUGAUUCACAUGCGUCGAUCGUGAGUGCAGCUGAAAGCUCUCAUUUACCAACAGUCGUUUUUGCCAAUUCAAGUAGUUUUCCUUAAAAAAAAAAAAAAGGCACGUAAACUCAGCAAGUUACAUCGCAAAUUCUGAAAAAAGCCACAGCAAAAUCGAGCGUUUUCGCCGCAACAUUCACAAAAAACUCAGCGUCAUCCUGUACGGGCUGAUUAGAGGAGAACUUCACUUAUAAAUGAAAACUGUACUAGUCUGGAUCCCUAGGUACGGUCACACUGAUGUCCCCUUAACCUUAUCUAUUACUUAAAUGUGUGUGUGUGUGUGUGUGUGUGUGUGUGUGUGUGUGUGUGUGCAGAUUUCCUCUGCUGUAUCAGAGAGUAAUAUUUACCCAAUAUUUACCCAAGCCUCACCUUUGAGCCCAGAUUAAUCCUGCUUUUAGACUAAAGACUCACUUCCUCCAGUCAGAGACGAGUGUUGAUCUACACACAGGAAACUGCUGCUGCAGAAAACUCCACAAGCCUCUUUCACUUCCCUUUCACUGACCUGAAACUCACAACAACAGAACACAGAUUGUGUAUUCAUGAUUUUCUUCUCCACUCGGUGUUGGUGUGAGUGCGGUUUUAUUUUCAGAGCUCUGGCGUGUUCACACCCGCCGUACAGUUACAGCUCUGAAUCCACAUCUAACACUCCUGAUCCGGAUCCAGACCCGCGUUUACGAACAAACCGCACACGUAGCUGCGUGUAGCCGGACGAUGAUCACGUGUCUCACGUGAUCCACUGCAUUUGGGAUAAAGAGGGGAAAUUGUGGGCUCUUUUUUUUUUUUGCAAAGUGAUCUAGAACGUGACGUAUUUCGUGGUUGUCUUCUCCUUAAGAUGGAAUCUGAUCCUAGUCCCUGAAAUGUUCUGAUGUCCCCUCGCAGCAGGUGAAAGUGAGUGGAUUUUAUAACGCUAAUACUCCAAAAAAACUAUAGACCUCAGAUCUCUGAGUACUCGCGGUCGCUCGUACAUCACCACACUCGCAGCUUCAGCAUAGCAAAGCACUGCCUACACACAACGACCGACUCUAGAGCCCUUACAGGUUCUCCGGUUAUCACACUGGAGGAAUUCUUAAAGGUUUGAUGGAGAUCAGAAGGUGUUCCUAAGAACCCUUAACUAUACAGAAGAACCCUUAUUGUUUUCUGUUUUGAUAUUUAAUCCGCUUGUGUUUUUGUUUAUGUGUCAGGAGUUCUCUGCUCAUUCCCGUCUCAUACUCACAAACUGCAUAUUACUGUGACUGGAGAUGUUUAGCGAGGAUUCACAAACAAUAAUUAAGUCCGUCGUGAGGAUCUGCGCGAGGAAGUGUUUAUUUCCCACAAUCCUUUGCCUUAUUUACGGCAUGUUGUCUGGUGUCAUCUUUACUGUUAUGACGUGACGUGGCGUUCCUGUCCGAUCCCUCCAUCCGUCUGCUCAGAAAUAAACUUUAUUCUGGAGUAUUAUC